AAUUCUUACAAAAACUGAAAGUGAAAUGAGGAAAUGAUUGGGCAAUCGGAUUGAAGGGCCAGUGCCAGGAAGACCUAUCAUACAGUGGGGGCCGGGAUGCAGCGGGGCAGACGGUGGGAGGCUCAGGAGAGCUCUCCUGCGGGCGACAGCAGGGCCAGGCCCUGGAGUCAGUGCAGGACACCAGCAAGCACAGCUCACAGGAAAUGAUCCAUUCCCUGCGCUCGCUCACUCGAAAGGCCCGAACCUCCAAAGUUCCAGGAGUGCCAUGGAUGGCUGUGCAGGCCAGCGGUCACGCCUUUCUCCCUGCCUGGAGAGGGGAGAAGAAAUGAAACUGAGGGAGUGUGUCUCCAUCCCCCCCCUGAAGGAAAGCCCCUCUGUCCCAUUCUCCAAAGAUGGAGCGCUGCUGGCCGUGACCCUGCUGCUGGCCCUGAUGGCCGGCUGCCUCUCGGUGCUGGCUUUCUGCAGGGUGGCCGCCCUUCAGGCCGAGCUGGGGAGCCUCCAGGCGGAGCUGCGGCAACACCAGGCAAAGCGGCUGCCAGGCGCCCCCCAGGCCGGAGCCGCGGCCCCCGGGGCAGCCGUGCGGAAGGCUCCAGCUGUCACCUCGGCUCUGAAAGGGAUCUUCGCACCACCCGCUGCAGGAGAGGGCAACUCCAGCCAAAGCAGCAGGAACAAGCGUGCCCUUCAGGGUCCAGAAGAAACAGUCACUCAAGACUGCUUGCAACUGAUUGCAGACAGUGACACACCUACCAUACGGAAAGGAGCAUACACGUUCGUUCCGUGGCUGCUGAGCUUUAAAAGAGGAAGAGCCUUGGAGGAGAAGGAAAAUAAAAUAGUGGUGAAAGAAACCGGUUACUUCUUUAUAUAUGGUCAGGUUUUAUACACCGAUAACACCUUUGCCAUGGGACACCUAAUACAGAGGAAAAAAGUCCACGUCUUUGGGGACGAAUUGAGUCUGGUGACUUUGUUCCGAUGUAUUCAAAAUAUGCCUGAAACACUACCCAAUAAUUCCUGUUAUUCAGCUGGCAUCGCAAAGCUGGAAGAAGGAGAUGAGCUCCAGCUUGCAAUACCACGUGAGGACGCUAAAAUAUCACGAGAUGGGGACGGCACGUUUUUUGGUGCAUUGAAGCUUCUGUGACCUACUUACACCUUGUUUGUGGCUGUGUUCCUUCCUUUCUCUGUACCUCUAAGGAGAAGAUACUUAACUGGAAAUACCAAAAGGAAGAAAAACAGUAGUUACCAUAGCCUUUUCUGGGAGCUACUUGUUUUGAUUUGCUGAAACUAGACCAAAACAGGAAAUUUAACAGACAACCACAGCCAAAGGGUGUCAUGUGAAUUACAAGAACUAGGGCCCGUUUAGGGAAAGCUAGAAGUAAGGUUCUCACUGUAAUGCCAUGUUGAACGACUUAGUCAUGGCUUCUUGACCUGGACGGAGCACAGGUUGCAAGGGGACAAAAAUCAUUUCUUCCAAAACAGCAUUCCAUUAUCGACUGCGGAACUAAGUGUCCCUGUCCGUGGGACAUGAGGACAUUCUUGGGGAAUCUCAGGAUCCAGCCUUUCUCUUUAGGUUAAGUAUGCCCCUCUCCUCUUGCAGUAAACAUUGUGGAAAGUAGAUCAAAACAAAACAAAAGGAUAGAAAUCUUGCAUUGGACAUAUGAAAAAGUAAUUAAAAGCUUACAUGGAAAUAUAUUAAGCAGUUGGACUUAAAAUACAGGUACUAUUUAAAUUCUUCUGGUUUACUUCAAGUCUGCAGUUUUUAUCUGUAAUAUUAUAUCACCUGAUGGCCCACCAGAUAUUUUUCACAGGAGGGAAGUCAUUCUGUUGUGUGUCUAUACCUAACAUGUAUUUUUUUCUAGCUAAUUUCAGUCACUUCAGAAACUUUACCGGGGGGUAAUUCCGAUUCUUACACACACGAGCAUGAAGUGAAAAAAUAGCUCUAAUUGUUCUUAUGUAAAAAUAAAAUCUCCGCUAGAAGUUAAUGAAUACAUUUAUAAUAAUGGAAUCUAUUUGCCCUUUAUUUCCUAGUCUUCUGUUUUAAACUGCUGCUAUUAUCCCAGCCUUUAAAACGUACUCAUGUUAUUAGCUUUACAAAAGUUGAGGUUUCAUUAAAGUUCUUGGCGUCCUGAAGGGUGUUCGGUGCCGUGUGCUUGUUACAUGGCUGAGGGUAUGCCAGAGACAUCACCCUCCUUUCCAUCUAAUCGAGAAUCGUAUUCACAAAUGCGUCUUUAGAACAUCAGUCUCCCUUGUUCUGCUUGCCUUUUUUGUAAAUGUCAUCGGUUUAAAGAGUUUACUUCAUUAAACAGUUUCCUUCUCUAGUUUAAACCGUAGGGGGAAAAAAAUAGAACCUGGUCUACACUCAUUUUCUCCAGUCCACAUUGAAAUGUGUUCAAGAAUAUGCUUUUCAAAACAAAACAAGAGAUGAUUUGUAUUUUGUGUCUAAGAUUAAACUUUGUUUAAAACUCUGAUGACCACAACUUUGGCUUUCUGGUUAAAAUCAAAUAUGUUUUGCAACUUACUGUGUUUUACAAUAUUAUAAUUAAAAAGUAUAGGCCGAGCAGGAGUCCUGAUCUAGGAGGUGAGUCAUUGUCCUAGUGUUGCUGCUAACUUGAAUCACCAAAUAAAAAAAACUUCGUGCCUUCUG